AUUAGCUUCAACGGUGAAAGGAGCCCUCGCAAAACGCUGUGUCUUAAUAAAGUCUACCAAAUCCGUCAGCCAGAAGCAGCAAUGGCGGGGCGGCGGCGGCGGUGGACGCUGGCGCUCGUGAGCGUGGCAGCGCUGCUGGAGCGCGCGGACGAGGCCCUGCUACCGGCGGUGUACAGGGAGGUGGGAGCGGCGCUGGGCGCGUCGCCCACCGCUCUGGGCUACCUCUCGAUGUGCCGCGCGCUCGUGCAGACCUUGUGCUACCCGCUCGCGACGUGGGCCGCGGCGCGCUACGACCGCGCGCGCGUCGUCGCCGCGGGGGCCUUCCUCUGGGCCGCCGCCACCGUGCUCGUCGGCGCAUCGGGCUCCUACCUACAGAUGGCGCUGGCGAGGGGCUUCAACGGCGUCGGGCUGGCGGUCGCGGUGCCGGCGAUCUUUUCCCUGGUGGCCGACUGCAGCGACGACACCACGCGCGGCUGGGCGUUCGGGUGGGUGGUGGCGGCGCAGAACCUAGGCUUCAUCGCCGGGAGCUCCUCCGGCUUGCUGCUCGCGCCCACAAGCUUACUCGGUAUCUCUGGCUGGCGGCUCGCGUUCUUCGCGGUAGCGCUCGUCAGCGUUUGCAUCGCCGCCCUGUUGUGGCUGUUUGCCACCGACCCCCGCCCCGUCGUUGCCAAGGACGACGCGGCCCCCACGGCGACGCUUGCCGACCUCGUCCGAGAAGCCAAGGACGUGGUGAGGGUGCCGACGUUUCAGAUCAUGGUGGCGAUGGGCGUGGUCGGGUCGUUCCCGUGGUCGGCGUUCAACUUCAUCACCAUGUGGCUCGAGCUCAUCGGGUUCUCGCACGCGCAGACCAGCAUGCUCAUCAGCCUGGCCAGCAUCGCUAACUUGCUCGGCAUCCUGUUCGCGGGGUUCCUCGGGGAUACCAUGGCGCGGCGAUUCCCCCGCACCGGACGGGUCGCGCUGGCGCAGGCGGUCACCGCGUUGUCCGUGCCGCUGGCCGGCGCCCUGCUGCUCGCGUUCCCCGCCGACCCCUCGGCGGUGAUCCCGUACACCGCCGUGUGCUUCGCCUUCGGCUUCACCAUUUCCUGGACCCCCGUGACCACCACCAUUCCUAUCUUCGCGGAGAUCGUGCCGGAGAAGGCGAGGACGACGGUGUACGCGCUGGACAGUUGCUUCGGGGCGGUGCUGGGAUCGUUCGGGUCGCCCCUCGUGGGCAUCCUGGCGGAGCGCGUGUUCGGGUACCAGCCGGGCACGCCCGGCAAGAGCGCGGAGGCCGACCGCAAGAACGGCGACGCGCUGAGCAGGGCCAUCUUCUCGGAGAGCGCCGGACCUUUCAUCAUCUGCUGCCUCACCUUAACCGCCCUGUACUGGACCUACCCCGCCGACAAACGGCGGGCCCAGAUGGCCGCUUUGCAGGCGGCAUCGGAGGACCAGGACGACGACUGCGAAGCAAGUGUGGCUGCACAUGCUGCAGCAGCUGAUGGCUUGGACCAGGCUCUACUACCCGGGAUAAGUAGGAAAUUAUGAAGAGCCUCUACUUGCCUGGCAUGUAAGGAUUUCAAAUACUUGUACUAGUUAAAUGCCUGUGCUUUGCAAUGCGAUUAUCUUUUUACAAGAACAUAUAGAGGUGAAUAUGGUUUUCUUGAACCUAGAGGUGAUUUCCUGGCAACCACACAAGUAUCAAUGCCUUGGUUUGAUCAUCUUGGCACCAAUAAUUUAUGGCUUUGCGUGUUUCUCGUA